AUUUAUAGUAUAGUCACGUGAUCAUUGGUUAUUCAAAGAUGGCCGAUUCAGAAACCCAGAGUGCUAGUAGACAGUGUCCAGAUACUGGUCAAACUGUUCCAGAAUCAUCAGAUGAGACAGAAGUAACCUCAGCUACAGGUGAGGCAACCAAUGGAAGUUCAAAUGACUCUCCUACAUAUGAAUCUUACCAAGCUGUAAAACCUGCCAAGUUCGUGCCUACAAUAAGUGCUCCUAAUAUGAAUCCGUUUGCUGCUCGUCCAACAUUGAAAUCUGAUGUUGUCUCGACCUCUGGUAUCACUGCAGGUGCUCCAAAUCAUCCUAAAUUUGUUCUUCGGCCAUCUGCUCUCUCUGCUCACCCUCUAAACAACAAAAAUGAUGUGUGUGGAGCAGAUACGGGCACUGCCCCUUCCUUAUUAAAGCCAGCCAAACUACCUGAUCCUACAAAAGGUCUCACAAAAGAAAGUGAGAUUACAGAAAAAGAGAAUAAAGAUUCAGGAACUGUUUUUGGUGCGGCCUCAUCAAUAUUUAAAGAUUCAGUGCCUCCUGAUAGUGGAGGAGAAAACCUCUUUCAAGCUGCGUUACAGGAACAUACUGAAAAAAAAUUACCUGACAGUAGUUGUAGUCCUAGUAAAAGUAAUAGUGCUGCCUCUUCAGCAGAGGGGGAUAAUAUCCUCGGACAAAAUCUCACAGAAAAAGUUACUGGUGUUCAUACCUCACCAAAGGGUCUUGUCAGUAGUUCAGGAUUUGUUUUUGGGGAGAAUUUGGCCGAACGUGUGCAAUUUAACAAAGAUGGUGGUGAAGAAAAGUCAGAAGACAAUGGAGUUGCCUCCCCUGAUUCCACUGAACAGUCAGAUACUGUUAAUAAUGCUGAGAGAGAAAAGACGUUGGAGGAAUCAGCACGUGAAUAUCAGGCGACCCACAAGAGGGAAACAGAGUUAGAGGAGGUUGAGGUGGUUACAGGAGAAGAAAAUGAAUCCAACGUUUUACAGACAAACGGAAAAUUAUUUGUGUUCGAUGGUGACACCCAGAACUGGGUGGAACGUGGGCGUGGCUUGUUGAGAUUAAAUGACAUGAGAUGUGAAUCCUCCCAGACCUUCCAGUCCAGAUUAUUAAUGCGUACUCAAGGAAGUCUGCGCUUAAUCCUGAACACAAAGAUCUGGCCAGGUAUGACUGUUGAACGAGCCAGUCAGAAAAGUGUUCGAGUCACUGGUACAGAUGGUGAUCAUGUAAAAGUCUUUCUUAUUAUAACAAAUCCUAAAGAUUCAGAGAAUUUGUUACGAGCGUUGGACUGGCGAGUACAACAGUUACGUGUACAGGAGGAGAAGUUAAAGGACAGUGGGGUCAAGGUUGCAGAGAAACGAAAAGCUGAGCCAGAGUCGCCCACUGAAGAAUUUACAGUCAAGAAAACAAAAAAAUCCGAUGAUGAAGCUCAAGCCAGCUAUAAGAGAGAGGAGUCAGACAGUAGUGUUGUAGAUCCCGAAACUGAAGUUUCUUCAGAGAGUCACGCUUCGUCAUUUACGCUUAGAACAGACUCGGAUUGAUCAAAAUGCUGGUAUAGACAUUUGAGAGGAUAGUGUAGCAGUAUUUAUUGUUGACGAACGACAUCACUUGCUCUUCUUUAUUUUGCCAGUGACAUACUUACUGGCAAUUAAACAAGUCUGUGUUGCAGUGAUGUUUGACUUCCCCAACCUUGACUAGGAAUAUUUGAAAUCUGUGAACGAUUUCAGGGACAUACGUGAUGAUUAAAUGCAGUUUGUAUCAUUGAUACUAGAUAUGUACAAUAAGCAUUUUCUAGGCAAUGUGACAGAUUAUUGCGAAGGGUUUUUGACAUUUUUACGAGCAGUGUUGAUUGCGUAAGGGAUGAAUUUUGAUUUCAAACUUUCUUUCUUUUUUUGUCCAUAAUAUGUUGUAAAAUUGAGGAUCUCAAAAUAGAUUAAAUGAUUUUCCUUUCUUGAAAGAUAUUUUAAUAAAAAUACAUAUUUUAUAUAUUUAUGCUGUUAUAGCAAUAGUUAAAAAUGUGCUCGCCUUGGUGCAUUUUUUUCCCUUGAAAAUUCAUGUUACAACUGAGGAAAACCUUCAGGAUUACUGAGACAUUUAAUGUAAGCAAGAAGAUGAUUGGUUUUGAAAAAAAUAAUUUUUUGUAUUCUACAUGUUGAAGACAUUAAAUACAUUGAUGUUAAUUUCAGCAGACUGUUAUUCUCUGACACUAUCGUCUAUUUAUGGGAUUUUUCAAAAAUCAAAACUUUCUAUGACACUUAGAGGUAUAAAUUGAAUAUACUAGUACUAAAUUUGUAUAAGUUUUUAGCUAUAAGGUAUUUCUUACUUAUGUAUAUUGAGUUAUAUGUGUUAAUGUGCAGUUUGUUUUAUUAAAUCUAUAUGGGUAUACCGUACCCAAUUUUAAGGCAGUUGGGACAUGUCAUCACACAUCUGUGCUAAAAGGGUGUGUACAGGGGUCAUUGCUAAUUUGUGUUGACACACAUCUGUGCUAAAAGGGUGUGUACAGGGGUCAUUGCUAAUUUGUGUUGACACACAUCUGUGCUAAAAGGGUGUGUACAGGGGUCAUUGCUAAUUUGUGUUGACACACAUCUGUGCUAAAAGUUUGCACAGGGGUCAUUGCAUAGUUGUGUUGACACACAGUCUCUGCUAAAAUAGUAUGUACAGGUUGUGUUGGCACACAUCUGUGUACAUACAUUGCUAAAAUUGUGUUGUCACAGGGUUCAAUGCUGGAAUCCUUAAUCAGUAGUUAAGGGUUUGAAUCCCGUUAUAGGGAAGGAAUGAGUGUACUGUCAUAAGAAUUGUAGGGAGUUACUGGCAGAGUUAAUACCAAAGAAAAUGGGAUAGCUUGAAAUGUAAGUGGUGCAUAAUGUGUUAACUGAAGCCAGAAGGCUCCUCUUGUUAUCUCAGGUGGAAGAGCACAAGACUCUGGAUUGGGAGGUUGCAAGGUCAGUCUGUGGGCAAGAUUAACAUCCUACAUAUGAUUUGAUGGAAGGUAAAAUGUCUGAAGUUGUCUGUCCUCCACUUUGAAAUUAUGUGGAGAACUUGUUCAUCCAUCACCAUGGAUAUAUAUUGGGAGAUGUUCAUCUACAGAUGUUUGUCCUCAACCUGGGGUUUAUGUGGAGAAGUUGUUUAUCCCCUGCCUGUGAUUUAUAUGGAGAAGUUGUUCAUCCUCCACCUGAAAUUUAUGUAUGAAGUUGUUUAUCCUCAGCCGGGGAUUGUCCGUCCUCCACCUGGAAUUUAUGUGGAGAAGUUGUCCAUCCUUACUGUAGGAUUAAUAGGAAAGAAGUUGUUUAUCUUCCAGGUGGAAUUUCCAUCACCUGUGAUUUAUGUGGAGAAGUUAUUCUUUACUUUAUGGUGUAGAAUCCAGGUUAGCUUAACUGACCUUCGUUAAAUAUUUAAAAAAAAUUAAGAAGGGUAAGACCCACACGUGAUCUAAAGUCUGUAGCACUGGUAAUAGUUUGAGAUUGCACGCCUGUAAUACUGGAAUAUCGGGAAACAUUUUAAAGUGGCAGGUCUGAUGAACAUAAGUCUUUACAUUUAUUUAGGAUACGAAAAAAAUUGCAUAUUGCAAGAAAAAAGUGUUAAAAAAUAAUAUUUUUUAUUUCUUUCUUCUAUUUCUUGUAGAAUCUGGUAUAUAAGCAAAAGAAUCUGUCUCUUCAGGUAGAUGUGGAUGGAAAUAUUGACUCCCUUGUAAUUGUUUUGGCAUAAAAUGCCAGACCUUGUUCCUGCUUCAAAUUAAACAGUUAUUCCUAAGUGUAAAACCAGUCUUGCAAAAAGUUCAGCACACAACCCUUUCUUCUUAUUUGCCUGUUAUUCUAGAUAUAUUCCAAAAUUAUAAAAGACGGUUUAAUCAGAUUUUACAGUGUAAAAAAAUUGUGAUGUGCAGAACUAAAGUCAGUUUCUUAUUUUAUACUGAAGAUUCUUUGGUCAUGUAAAUAAAUAGCUUACUUCUGACAUGUUCAUUUUCACUUACUUUAAUUUUUGAUUCAGUCAGGAGGCUUAAGUGGCCAGGGCCUCUCAUUUCUAUUACACAAGUUGGGAGCUUUCCUUUUUUACCUAAACUGUGUUGGUGUGCUGUAAAACCCAAAUCAGAACUCUUUUAUGUCUGGUCUUUAAAGUGUUCAUCUUCUUCCUCAAGUUCAUGCAUUUAAGUUGAUGUUUGCUGCAGAAAGCUUGUUGCUGGUAGUGAGAAAUAGUGGUCAUUUACCAUCUAAACAUACUGCAAUACUGUUGAGAAAUCUUCUUUGAUAUCCCAAUAAAACAGUUUGUAUACUUGAAGUUGAUGAAUAAGAAUGCACUGGAGUCAGGGAUGUAAAAUUGAAUUUGGAAACCAGUCUUCAGAAUGCUACCUUGCCAUUGGUCGGUAUCAAGAUUAAGGUCAUAAAUUGACCAAUUAGAUGUUACAAUUUUUAGACUGGUUUCCAAACUUACAUUUUAUACCCUGAUGCUCAGACUGGUUUAUAAAACAUUUGAAAGCAGUCUUGUAAAUUGUUAUUGAUAUGGAAGGGUGAAGAUGUCUUAAGUGCAUAUGGAUGAUGAGACAAGUAGACCUCUUUCGCAUUUACAAGUCAAUGUACCGGUAUCUUUUUUAGGGAUAAACACAGUUUGUGAACCUGAUAUGCUGUUGCAGUUGUUUCUGAAAUUUGAAGAUUACUUUACCAGUAGGUUAUUCUGCACUGCUCUUUCCCCUAAAAAAUACAUCUGUUGCUGAGAUAGGACUGUGUCGGUAGUAAAUUUUGUUGGCAUAAUUUCAUGGUUUGUGCCUAAAUGGCUGUUUCCGCGUGAAAUGAAUUUGUGAAAUACACAUUUUUAGGUGCAAUAAAUGAAAAACUAUAUACUUGUUGUGAACUGCUUUGUGAAUCAUUACAACCUUAAAAUUUAAAAUGAGUUGUUUCCUGCUGAAAAAGAUGAUUUAAGCCGCGCCAUGAGAAAACCAACAUAGUGGCUUUGCGACCAGCAUGGAUCUAGACAAGCCUGCGCGUCCGCAGUCUGGUCAGGAGCCAUGCUGUUAGCUAACGGUUUCUAUAAGUGCAGUAGGCUUUGAAAGCAAACAGCAUGGUUCCUAACCAGACUGCGCGGAUGUGCAGCUGGUCGCAAAGGCACUACGUUGAUUUUCUCAUGGCGCGGCUCAUUUCUCAGUAUGUAAAACUCCUCAUGGCUGGUAUUGAUGGUCAUAAAAUACUUGAAUAAUUACAUUUUCGCAAAAACAAAAGUUUUCUCUGGUAUGAAUGAAGAUGUAUGUCUGGUGUAUACUAAAGAAUAAAAGACUGAUGAUAAUUGCUGGGUAAAUUUAUGACAUAUUUCUAGAUUAUUGUAUACAAAUAUGUGUUUUUACUUUAAGAUCUGAAAUACAGUGCUAUUACAAAAGUUUGUUUUUCUGUGUUUUGUUGAAUUUUAUUGAUGUGACUCAGGCUUGAACCUUAUCACUGGUCUGUUCAGGGUAUAGGACUAAUUGUUAGGUAUAACUACAGACAAACCUGUCCAUAAAGAAAUGGUGUGUCAGAUUUGUGAUUAAUCUGAAGAUCAAGACUUCACAUGCCAAAAUAUCUUCUUUUUUUUUUAACCCUCACCUUGCUAAAUUUCUGUGAUGAACUUUUCCAUCUUUCAGUUUGGACACUACCAUUAACUGUUAAAGGGGUGCUUACCAAAAGGAUACUGACUGGAUGGUGAACAGUGCAGAUCAUGAUCAGACUGCACUGGUUGCAAAGGCAGAAUCAAUCCUGUCCCACAUGAUAAGGGUUAAAAUUGAUGCAAAUCCAAGGAUAAUAGUGAUCCAUAUGAUUACAUAACAGUUUUGUGUACAGAAGCUUUUUGAGAUUCUGCCUUUGCGACCAGUGCAGACCAAGAUCAGCCUGCACAUCCGUGCAGGCUGAUCAUGGUCUGCACUGUUCGCUAUUCAGUCAGUAAAUUUUCAGUGAACACCCUUCGAAUAAUAAAUGGUAUCACCCAAAUUGAAUGAUGGACCAGUCCAUUUUAGAAAUUUAGCAGGCUAAGGGUUAAAUGAUCAUGAUUUUUCUUCAUAGAUAUAAGGAACAAGUAUUUCUGAUGUAAACUUUCAUUGAUAAUUUUAUUUAAAUCUCAACUGUUGACAGUACAAUUUUUUGGAGCUUUACAUUAAAUGGAGCUAUGUUGCUGUGAACUUGUAGUUUUAGUUCAGGGUGUGUGUGUGUGUGCAAAAAUCAAAAUUUCAUGUAAUUUGCAUAAUUAUGGUGUUCAUUGAAAACAAUUUAUAUGAAACACAGUCUUAGUCUUGUCUAAGAUUAUUUUAAAUUUAUUUCUAGAAAAAGGGGAAUUUGUGGCAUUCAGACCUCAGGAUAUGGAUUUUAAUGCAAUACAAUGGCGUAAAUGAAUUUUGGAAAGUGUUUGUCUUGCUUUGUGAACCAGUCAAGCCAACAAGGUUGAACAAUAUUUUACUAUAGAACUCAUUUUAUGAAACUUUAGCAAAUUAAUGACUUAAUUUUACCAUUAUCAUUGAUUGGUAUCACUCGAGUAGCAGCAGUGUCAAAACGGUAAUAAUUUGAAAGUUUUCUUAAGAGUAUAUUGUAUACUGUGAAAUCAUUAAAUUUCGUGGGCAUGAAAUUUCGUGGUUUGGGUCAAACUGGCAAUUUCGUGGGGAUAUGAAUUCGUGGAUUUCAACUUUUGAACAUAAAAUAAAUGGGAAUUUUACUUGUUCGUUGGGAUUAAAUUUCGUGGAUUGAUUCAACCACGAAAUCCACGAAAAUUAGUCCCCCACGAAUAUUAAUGAUUUCACAGUAACCCCACCUAGAACCUGGAUUUAAUCCAAUCUUUGUUGAAGCUUAGUAUGUAUUAUGUAGACUUGUCUCCCUUAUAUUGAGGGAAAUUUUAUUGCUAGAACAUUUAGUUCAUGGGCAUAAGAUUUCAUGAUUUUGAUCUAAACCGUUAUUUUGUGAGUAUAAAAUUUCUUGGUUUUUGUUAUAACUGUUGUGACCGAGGCAUGAAAUUUUGUGGUUUUUAUCUAAAUAUUAUUUCAUGGGGAAAUGAAAUCUUGGAUUUCAUUUUUUUAGGAAAGAACCAAUAGAUAUUUAAUUUGUUGGUUGGGAUUGUAUGGAUUGAUGCAACACUGAAAUUCAUGAAAAUUAUUCCCCCACAAAUAUUCACAAUUUCAUAGUACACAUAUCUAGGCCUCUUUUGGGAAUACCAUUGUGUGGACUACUAACCCUUGCCCUGCAUAAUUUCUGAAAUGGCCUGGUGCAUCAUGCAAUUUUGGCAUUCAUUGUUAGCUAGGUCACAGUGAAUUCAUAUGUAAGAAAAACAUAAUAAAAAUUUAAUGUUGAAAGACAAAAUAUACUUGUCUUCUUUCCUUCUUCUGUUGUAAACCUUUAGCUUGCUAAAUUUCUAAAAUGGACUGGUCUAUCAUUUAAUUUUGCCAGUACUAUUUUUAUGCGAGGGGUGUGCACUGAAAAUUUACUGAAUAGCGAACAGUGCAGAACAAGAUCAGCCUGCACAGAUGUGCAGGCUGAUCUUUAUCUGCACUGGUCACAAAGACAGAAUCACUUGCUGCCAGCAGGCUAAGGGUUUAAGAUCUACAGAGAAAAAAUGAAGAUAUAAAUCAAAUAUGUGAAGCUUUGGUUAAUGUUAAAAUUUUAUGUAAAAAAAAAUGGUUUUUGUGCAUGAAAUGAAAAUUUAAAAAUGUUAAGUCCAGCUUUUGUAAAUCAAGAUAGAAAAAGCUGUUUAAAAGGACUUCUUGAAAUAUUAUCACAAGUUUUUAUGUGAAGUUUGGCUUUGUUUUGCACAGUUUGGAUAGAUAUUAUACAUCAUUUAAAAGAUCAUCAGGGGUGAUAGUAGAAACAUUUUAAUUUUUAAAGAUAGUUUGAUACUGUAAAAUAUUGUAAAGAUUCUGUCUUGAAUAAUAUUUAUUUUUUACAGUGGAAUAUUUGUAAGCCAUCUAAGAUGCCUGGAACAUUUUACUAUUGCAAUCCACAAACAAAUAAAGUCAGACUUUUUGUGUCCAAAAUGGUGGAAGUUUGACAACAUCAAGAUAUUUUUUGCCAAUAAAUUUAAAAUUGAUAAACUCCCUUGGUAGCCUAGUGGUAGAGCACCCACUUUGAGUGAGGGAGUUUGUGGGUUUGCUCCCGGACCAUGUCGUAGCAAAGACUUGAAAAAUGGUACCAGUAGUUUUUGCUGCCCGGCAUUACAAGGAUAGUAUUAGCAAUGGUCAGCCCGGUCUCAGUAUAAUGUGACUGAGAAGGGUAUCAAUUUGUGUGUCUACAGCAUAAUGCAGCACUAUCAAGUUGGACAGGGGAGCGGUGGUCUAGUGGAUAAGGUGUCUGCCGCUCAAUCCAGAGGUCAUGGGUUUGAGCCCCACUGGCAUCACGACCAUGACCUAUCAUAUGACCCCAGUACUAGUUUUUCCAGGAAACAGACUGGAGAGUGGUUCCAAUAAGCUUAAAGUUAUCACAAUCGAGCUAAAACAAAUUAGUAUAAACUAAAGUUGGACAAUGCACUCCCUGCUACUACUAGACCUCAUCAUUUAUGUGACUGAAAAAAUGUGAAAAAAGGCAAUUUUAGCCAAACACACACUCAAGAUUGAUAAAGGUUCUUUAACAAUUGAAAGAGUUUCUGUUACAACCCUCAGAGUUUUUUACAGUUAUUAUAUUAUGAGUUGUAUUGUCUUGCAUUUUAAGAGAAAUGAAGGAAAAAUGUGUUUUGGAUAAGACUGAUUAGACAGUAGUUUACUGUGAAAUCAUUAAUAUUUGCGGGGGACUAAUUUUCAUGGAUUUCAUGGUUAAGUAACAACUUUAUUUCCAGAGGCUACACAUUGGGUUUCCCCAUCUACCAUGUGGGCCUCAACAUAAUAUAAUUAUACAGUAUAACACAACAUUAAACAAACAUUACCAAGCAUAGAAUAUCAUUAAUACAAAAUGUACAAUACAGGAUUUAAACAAGCAAGCCAAAGAUAAAAGAUACAAAAUGAGGUGCAGUUAUAAUCCCAAACCAACAACAAAGUAAACAAGAGGGUCAUGAAGUCAAUCUUAUGCCAGUGAACAAGUAAAAUUCCCAUUCAUUUUUAGCUCGACUUUUCGAAGAAAUGUAGAGCUAUUGCACUCGCCCCGGCAUCGCUGUUGGUUAAAGUUUUUGAUAAAGUCAAAUAUCUCUGUUACUAUCAAAGCUAUUGACUUGAAACUUAAAAUAGUUAUUUACUAUCAAAGUCUACACCAGGAGAAACAAUCCCCAUAACUCUGAUUUGAAUUUUGACAGAAUUAUGCCCCUUUUUAACUUAGAAUUUUUGGUUAAAGUUUUUGACAAAGUCAAAUAUCUCUGUUACUGUCAAAGCUAUUGACUUGAUACUUAAAAUACUUAUUUACCAUCAAAAUCUACACCAGGAGAAACAAUCCCAACAACUUUGAUGAAUUUUGACAGAAUUAUGCCCCUUUCUAACUUAGAAUUUUUUGUUUAAAUAUUUGGUAAAGUCAAAUAUCUCUGAUACUAUCAAAGCUUUUGACUUGAAACUUAAAAUACUUAUUUACCAUCAAAGUCUACACUAGGAGAAACAAUCCCCAUAACUCUGAUUUGAAUUUUGACAGAAUUAUGCCCCUUUUUAACUUAGAAUUUUUUGUUAAAAUUUUUGAUAAAGUCAAAUAUCUCUGAUACUAUUAAAGCUUUUGACUUGAAACUCAAACUAGUUAUUUACUAUCAAAGUCUACACCAGGAGACACAAUUCCCAUAACUCUGAUUUGAAAUUUGACAGAAUUAUGCCCCUUUUUAACUUAGAAUUUUUAAAAGAAAAAUUUGAUAAAGUCAAAUAUCUCUGUUACUAUUAAAGCUUUUGACUUGAAACUCAAAAUAGUUAUUCUCUAUCAAAGUCUACACCAGGAGACACAGUUCCCAUAACUCUGAUUUGAAUUUUGGCAGAAUUAUGUCCCUUUUUAACUUGGAUUUUUUUUUACUGGCAAAGCUCUAAUUCAGAGUCAAGCACUGAGAAAAAUCGAGCGCGCUGUCUUACAGACAGCUCUUGUAUGUUCAAAGGUUGAAAAUCCACGAAUUCACAUCCCCACGAAAUUCCCGUUUUGACCAAACCACGAAAUUAUAUGCCUUCAAAAUUAAAUGAUUUUACAGUAUCGAAUUUCAUGUCACACAAUGUAGGUCCUACUGUAUAGCAACUUUUUAGCUUGGAUGGUAGCUAUGGACAUGCAUGCAUCAUUUUUCAUUUUAGGCAUAAAGCGGGUAUCUGUGUAGAACCACUGACCUCCCACAGCCGAGCAAGGUGGCUAAUUUAACCAGUAUGAGACUGAAAAAAAGGAGCUCUCAGGUGCAGAUUAUUUGAACUUAAGAAAUAAAAUAACUAAAGAAAUGUCUUUAAAAUUGUAUGUCAGUAAAUCCUUAAUAGUAUGUUUAUCAGAUGAUUUUAAUGCUUAUAGUUUUAUGUCAUUGAACUGUAUUGUUCUAAUCAUGUUAUAGUAUUUCCUUAAUGAUUUUUGUCUCAUUCACAUGUUCAUUGUAAGCUAGGUCACAGUGAAUUCAUAUGUAAGAAAAACAUAAUAAAUGUUGAAAGACGAAAUACUGAACAAGG